CUGCUAUGCACUGUGUGUGAUUGUUAGCAUUGAAAUCAAAGCACAAACAUGGCCUUUGUACAGGCAAUCCAGAAGGCUUUGAGGGUUAAAAAAAUACUUAAAAACUUAGAGCGAGCUAAGAUCAAUACCAUCCGAGAACUGGUAGGACUGCCUCCAGAAAGGACAUGGUUUCAGAUGUGCUGUCAAGAUAUAUCGUCAGCUGUCAGGGAAAUCUGUUGUCGCACUUUCUGUCCCUGUUGUGUUGAUAUUCCUUCAUUCGGAGAAUGUCUGUGCCCCAGGGGGAGCUUUUGUUUCAACUGUUGUUCUGACGGGUUCUACCCCAACACUGUGAUGAAGAACAUUCUGGGCUUCGCCUUUGGCCUGGUCUUGACGAUGGGUUUGUUUUUCUUCUUUUGCCUGCAGUUAAAAACCAACAUGGAAUUUGCUUUAGCUAUUUGCAUAAUUCUUGCAUUUAUUUUGUCCAUUGGUCUGGCUUUCUCCAUCACAGUCAGAUGUAUUGUAUUUUUAGCCUUACCAAACUUUUGUUCCAGCAAAGGGAGGUCUAUCCUACUGAUGUAUGCCAUGGUCCUAGUACUCAACUACCCUGUCCAGAACUACUCUCACAACAUGGUGGUACUGUCCAAUUCCACAACCUGUGGUCAAAGUCUGGCUCUGAACGCAACCAAAAAGUUGCUGGAAAACGCUGCCUCUCCAUUGUUUGCCGUCUUAAAUGGGAUUGAAAAAAUGCUUAAAGCUAUAAAAAGAUUCGCUGAAAAAGUACGAGAUGCUUUUAAAGCUUUAUUGCGAGCUGUCCGAGAGAUCUUCUCCAUGGUGGCCCGGGUUUUCCAGUGGCUGGCCGGUAUGACGGAUGUGUGCAAUGAAAACAUGGGGCAGCCUUACAGGAAGUGUAAAAAGGCUUUCGAUGACGGCUAUAAUAAGUGCUGUGCUGUAAUGAGCAUUUUCAAGUUUCUGUGUGGAAUAGUUACGCUGGUUGGUUACUUGUGUAACAUUGCAAGGAUUGGAGAACUCUUGUGUUUGAUUGCAGAUGCCAUAAAAGAUUUUAUUGUAUCAAAGAUCGGCGCCCCCGUAAUGGCCAGAAUCAACGACAUCAAAGAUAUGUUCUACUUUAAUGUUAGCAUUGACUAUCAUUUUCAUUACAAUAUGAACCAGUCACGGCCAUACAGUGAUGUGAUCAAAGCCAUUAUGAAGGAGAUCAAAGAAAAACUGACCAUAAUUGAUGUUCUGCAGACCAUCGUGGACAAUAUCAUGGCCUUCACUAUCCUGUUGGUGGUGGUCAAAGCUGUCAUGUACAGAAGAGGCUACUUGUACAAAAAUCACUUUGACAACUACUACAUCACCAAACACUUGUACGACAUUGAUGCCAGAAGGAAAGAAAUGGAUAAAGAUUCGUUAUUUCCCCUCAAGUAUCUCGAGCAGAUUAAGUUUAUUCCAACAUUUUCACACCUAAUGACAAAGAAAGAGCUCAAAAAGAUGUUGAAAGGACUGCUGUUCUGGUCCUUCUCUGCCUUCAGUGCUACAUACUACAUCGUCUGCGACUACGGCCUUUACUGGAUCCUGGAUCUGGUUCGCAGACAUCUCGACGUGCGGACAAGUGCCGCAAUUCCACCACACUUGCAACUGCAUGUGAAAGGUCAAGGACCGAUGGCUGAUGUUUACAAGAGCAUGGUGGGCGUUAUAGAGCCGGUGUCUGACUCAGGUCUUAACCUGGACACUUCAGUUUGUCUACCCCGGCCGCUGGAGCCCAACUUUGAUGCUUACAAAACUAUCUUCGCCAUUCUCUUUAUUUGCUUGUUUCUGAACAUUUUCGAAGCGUACGCCCUGAGACUGAGACACAUAGUUUCAUCAACGUAUUAUCCUGCCAGAGAAAAGCUCAGAGCAGUUUGGCUGUACAACCACAUACUUUUGUCUCGAGGCGGAUUCUUCCUGUUCACCAGACGACAACUUCAUAGGAAGUGGAAGAAUGAAAAAGAUAUAGAAAAAAUGAGUCUUAUCAGUCGAUUGGAGACGAAGUAUGCGUUCUUCAGAAAAUUAGUCCGUCUGUUUGGUCGCAAAAGAAAACACUGUCUGUCAUGUGGCCGCGAAGGGAAAGAGAGCGACAUGACAAAUUUUACCCACUGUGUCAACUGCAACAUGCCGUACUGUAACGACUGCUUCACGGCCUUGGGCAAUGUGUGCACAGCGUGCAUGAACCCCGUGGACUAUGGUGAUCAAGAUGAUGUUAGCGUGGAGACUGACUCAAGUGAAGAAGAAGAGGAUAAACUCAUUCGCGUCGCUACGUUAAAAAUGCGCAAACAGAAAGCAGCUAAAAAAGUGGACGAGAGACGCCCCAGCAGGUUGCUAAGCCUUUUCCAAAAAAAGUUCUUGAACCCGGAUGAUCCCAUGACGAACAAAGCCUUCUCAGACGAGUACACCUCGGAGUAUGACGAAUCUUACCAAUAUGAGUCGAAUGCGACCACAUCAGAGGACGAUAGACCCAAGGCUCAGCUUAAGAAGGCUAGAGCAGACAAAGUGUCUAUGGACAUCUUUAAGGAACGAAUGGACCAUAAUGUUCUGGCCUAGAGUGUUUCAAUUCUAGGCCUUCAAAAAACGGCAUUCCAAUAGUUUACAUUUUACUGUGGUUUGUAGUGAGAUCUGUAGUUCAAUUCACUAGCAUAGUCAAUGUAAUAUAUAAUAUAUAUAUGUUUUUUUUUCCUUAAGUUUGGGUGGAUUACAAUUUUUUUCAUGACAAGCACGCAACAAUGUUAUUAUUGUUUAAAUUUAAAAUUUCUGUACAAACAUAGACAUAUUGAUUAGCAGAUUUCUAGAUGGGCUUGACCAAAAAAAAAAAAAACAUUUUUGUCACAGAACUGUUGAAAUAGUCAUCUUCCUUCCUGCCACCCCUUCUAAGUUGUAAUGUAAAUAUAUAUAUAUGUACUUCAAAGACUUGUACCACCGAAUUCAAGCAAUGCAUAAAAUGGACUCGUAGAAACAACAUAUUGACAUCAUUCAAUGAAUGUUUUGUUUUCCUCCUAGGACCAUUGUGAGAUCAGUUUUUUAAUUGAGAGAGAGGUUUUCAAGUUGCCCAGAUAUUCUUUUAGUGUGAAAAUUACAAUAUUUCCCCAAAAAUCUUGUUGCUGAAUUAAUUUUUUUUUCAAUGUUCUAUUUCUAUGUAUGAUUAUUGGGCCUCUGUAAAAAAAAUGUUCUAAUCUCCUUGUAAUAUUAACAGAACUGUUAACUUUUAAUAUCCUUAUAAUAUCAAUAAAACUGUUUUUCUUUCUUACUAUGAACCAGUGGACCUAACUUAUUGUGAUGUUAUAAAUUGAAAUAUUUAAUGGUAAAAAAGAAUAAUUAAAUUUGUAAGUUUAAAAACCCGUUUUACUUUUAUUGUUUUGUUUCUUAAAUUGCUUU